AUGACCUCGGUUGCUGUGGUUACGCAGUCCGGAAGUUACUAUUCAGUAACAUUUUGAGAAACAUGGCUUUGCAGAGCUGGAUUGAUACCCUAAAAUCAUCAAAGAAAACAUCUUUGAUACACGAUGGAAAAAGAAAGAUCCACUUCCUUUUCAUAGAUGGAAAAGAAAUGACAGAGGAAUAUGACUCAAACACAGAUGAGCUAAUUGUACGAAAGUGGCGUCAUAAAAGUACCCUUGGAGCUCAGGGCCAAUGGCAGGUAGAGGUAGGGGAGCCCCUUGCAGGUCCUGUCACCUCCUCAGAAUCGGAUAUAAGGGAGAACUGCUUCAAUCCUGUGUUCUUGCGCAAAGACACAAAGACCAGCUUUCAGUGGAGAGUUCGCAACCUUCCCUACCCCAAAGAUGUCUUUAGUGUAUUUGUGGAGCCAUCUGACAGAUGCAUCAUCAUAAAAACCUUAAACAAAAAGUAUUAUAAGAAGUUCAGUAUUACUGAUUUAGAUCGCAUUCAGCUACCGUUGGACAACACCGCCCUCAGCUUCACUCACACCAACAACACUUUAAUUGUCAGCUACAAGAAACCCAAGGAGAUCUUAACCCUUGAGCACGAGCUACUGAAGGAGUUGAAGAAACUAAAGGUGACCGGCGAAUGGGGAUUCUGACGGCAAAACUCAGUGAAUUCUGACUUAAGGAGCAAGAGGAUGAUUAUAUAUUGCCUUUGAACAGUGUAUAUUCAAUGGUUGAUAGCGUCUAAUAAAUUAGAGUAGUUAGUCUUUCAAUUUGUCCUUCCAUUUAUUUUUGAUACCGACAUAUUCACUGAAUUCCAUUAUGUGUUUUUUAAAUCUCACAAACUGAUUCAUAAACUUUGUUUCAAUGAGUGUUUUCUCAAAUGAUUUCCCUUUGAUAAUAUA